UUCGAUCAUUUGGCAGCGGCGCUCGUGCAGACUCUCCCUUAAGCGAUGGGGGUAGCGGGACUUUUCGGAAGAUGAUCAACUUUGUACGUCGUAGCGACUGCCACAUCAUUCAGUUUAUGGACAGCAAAAUGCUCACGGUUUUAAUACUUUUAAGCGCACUGGCGACAUGCUUGAGCGUCCCAAGAAGAUGUACUCCGGAAGAAGCAGCAAUAGGAAGAUGCAGAACACCUGCAGAAGAGAGUUCGCAGUGUAUGGAGAUGGUGCUUGGUUAUUGUCAGGAUGUGCCCUACAGCCACACCACAUUCCCCAACAUUGUGGGCCAUCGUUCACGGCAGGAUUUAGAGAUGGGUGUGGAAUACCUGUUUUUGAGUAUGAUCCACGGGCUGCUGAAUGGAGAGUGUUCUCCAGACAUCCGUCUGUUGGGAUGCUCAGUGUUGGCUCCCCGUUGUCAAGACAACAGAAUAAUGAAGCCGUGCCGUAGCUCAUGUGAGAUGGUGAAAAAGAGCUGUAUUCAUGCCUUUGAGGCCAUCCAAAUGGCAUGGCCUUACUUUCUGGACUGCGACCGAUUCUUUGUUGGCAAUGAGGAGGGCUGUUAUGACCCACUAUCAGAGUUAAGAGAAAAUCAGGAAGUGGCCUUUGCCAGCAUAUCUGAUGGAGGUAUUUUCACUAUCCAUCAGUUCACUUACCACACCAACUCUCAGAUGUUCAACAUCCUGAAGAAGACAGCUGCAAAAUGCUCCCAUAUCUCACAAACAUAUAGCAUUGGGCGCAGUGUGGAAGGAAAAGACUUACUGGUUAUUGAAUUCUCUGAUAACCCUGGACAACAUGACCUAUUGGAGCCAGAGAUCAAAUUAAUUGGGAACAUGCAUGGAAACGAGGUUCUUGGCCGGCAGCUGCUGAUUUACCUGGCUCAGUAUCUGUGUUCUGAGUAUCUGCGGGGCAAUGAGCGAAUUCAGACCAUCAUCAACACCACACGCAUCCAUAUCCUACCCUCCAUGAAUCCAGACGGCUAUGAGAUUGCCGCUUCUGAGGGUCAUGAGUACAAUGGGUGGAUCAGCGGUCGGGCCAAUGCACAGAAUCUCGAUCUGAACCGCAACUUCCCUGACCUCACCUCUAUCUUCUACAAUCGCCAUCGCUUCAGACAUUUCCGUAGUGACCGCAUCCCAAUCCCUGAGUCCUACUGGAUAAACAAGGUAGUUGCACCAGAGACCUAUGCUGUAAUGAAGUGGAUAAGAUCCAUUCCUUUUGUUAUAUCUGCCAGUCUUCAUGGAGGAGAACUGGUCAUCUCAUACCCUUUUGACUUCUCUAGACACCCACAACAAAGAAGGAUGUACUCACCCACACCAGAUGAACAAAUUUUUAGGCGGUUGGCUAGGACGUAUGCAGAUGCCCAUCCCACUAUGUCCAACAAUGACACAGAGAGAUGUGGAGCCUCAUUUGCCAAUAAAGGAGGGAUAACCAAUGGAGCACAGUGGUAUAGUUUUGCUGGAGGGAUGUCUGACUUUAACUACCUGCACAGUAACUGUUAUGAGAUCACUGUGGAGUUGGGCUGUGAUAAAUUCCCCUCUGAGGAGGAGCUCUAUCCUGAGUGGCUCAGGAAUAAGGAAGCACUGCUCAGCUUUAUGGAGUUUGUCCACAGGGGUAUAAAGGGCAUUGUGAAGGAUGAGCAUGGAAAUGGCAUUAAAGGAGCCACAAUAUCUGUUAGAGGGAUGCGACAUGACAUCACUACAGCUAAGGGUGGUGAUUACUGGAGAUUGUUGAAUCCAGGUGUCCACAUUGUGAGCAGCGCCUCCGGCUACUCUAAAGUAUCUAAGCGCAUUAACCUGCCAAGGUUACAGGUGGGACGGGUGGACUUUGUGUUGAAGAAGGUCCCACGAGAACCCUCUCUUGACUACUUUAACAUCCCUGAGCUGGACAACUAUGAGCGUUUUGACCCAUUUAAUCAGUAUGAGCAGAACAGCCGGGGAGAGCUGGGAGAGAAUGGGGAGGAGAGGACUGAGAAGCCCUGGUGGUGGGCUUAUUUCAGCCAGUUAGGUAUAUCUGCACCUACCUGGCUCCUGCAGAACUAGGGACCCUUCAAACACCAUUGGAGGGCAACCUGAUA